UUUCUCCCUCCUCUCCUCCUCCUCCUCCUCCUCCUCCUCUCCUCCUUCUUCAGCUUCACGUCCAGCUCGAGCUUUAUGACUGUGAAGGCUGCUGGUCAGCGGCUGCGUGGAUCUUUCACCGAUGCUCUCCACCUAAUGUGACAAUUUCAUACAACUGCAACAAACAAGCGGCUGAAGCCAUGGGCACCUUUGGAGUGUUAGUGGGGAUUUUACAGUAUGCGGGACUUUACCUUCAACUUAACGCAGCUGUCAACGUCGGCCACAAUAAGGUGGAUAAUCACGUCAGUGGAAACGCUCUUUUCACAGAGGUACCACACGACAUCACGAAACAGAGCGGCGAAGAUGUAGAGAUGGCUUGUUCCUUCCGAGGGGCGGGCUCUCCCUCCCACGCCCUGGAGAUCCAGUGGUGGUACAUCAAGGACUGGAGAGAGAAGUCAGCGCAGAUCACUAAUUAUGUUGUUCCACUGGAGGAGAAGUCCAAAGAUGCCACCAAAAUUAGCGUUGUAAAAGUGGCCGGCAGCAACAUCUCCCACAAGCUUCGUCUCUCCAGCGUGAAGCCAUCCGACGAGGGCACAUAUGAAUGUCGCGUCAUCGACUUCAGCGGCCCUGUGGCGCAGGACCACCGGGUCCGGGCCUACCUCCAGGUGGAGCCAGAGAGCAGUCAGGGACAGGAUGACAUUAAACUGCAGGGGCACCGGUCACACUCCCACCACGAGACAGUGGGCAGGGAAUUAAGGAGGAGAUCAACUGACAGCACCACUGACUGUAAUGAGAGCUGUGUGCUGUAGAGUGGCCAGCCCAUCUGUCUGUCUGUCUGUCUGUCUGUCUGUCUGUCCGCAUGGUGAAGGAAUGAUCAUCAGCACACACAUCCCCAUAGACCUGAGCCAUUGGCCGUAACUGGACCCUUUGUGUUUAAUGGUUCAUUUAUCUACGCCAUCUUUAAAGCUGUAGUGCGUAACUUUAUUAACUGUUAUAUUCAAACCAUUGUCAAAUAAUGCAUACGAUGCUGAUUCAGCUUAAAAACUCCACACAACACUGUGUUUCUCAGUACAUUGCUGUUUUGUUCCUGUGUCACCUGGAAACAUUAGGAAGCGACAUUGAUCUAGAGAAGCUAAAUGGCUUUAAACAGAGUAUUACAGAAAACACAAAGAGGAGCCCACGAGAAGUUUCAGCUGUAAGAACUAAAUUCUAGUGCUCAAAAUACCAGAGUGCUUAGCUAUUUCAUGGGUGUCAAUGAAAUGUCCAGAGAGUGUCCAGUCAACCUCUCCAUGUUUUUAGACUGUGGGAACAAGCCGGAGAACCUGGAGAAAAUCCACGCACACACGGGAAGAACAUGCCAACUCCAUACAGAAAGGCCCUUGUUCCGAGCGGGUCGCAAACCCUGGUCUUCUUGGUGUAAAGGCAACAGUGUCACACCAAAAAAAUAAAACAAUCAGCAGAAGUGACGCACUGCAGCUUCAAUAUUGCUGUUGAAUGCCAGUAAAGGGCACAGUUUUAUUAAAGCUAUGUAUGAUUAUGUUCUUAUGUUUGCUUAGUUAUAUGUGACAGCAAUGCUAUAGCAACACGUUCAGUAAAUGUUGUUUGAUCAGGACUUAUUCAUUGUUCAAACACCUUUAACUUUUGCACACAAAGCAAAGUGCAGUAAAUGGCUGUAAGGCUGUGGAGAGAGGAUUAUUAUUGCUGCCAUAAAUAAUGAAUAGUCGGCAUUCACUGAUCCGCAACACUACUCUUUCUUUUCCUUUUUUUUUUGCGAUGUGCCAGUUUUUCUGAUUUUACUAAAACAUACACCAAAAGCAGCAGUAUUUUCAUGUAAAUGCUUUCAAGGGGGAAAAAGGGAACAAAUGGAGCAAUUUUCAUUUUUCUGAAAAUAUUCAUUCCUGUAAUGUUUGUCUGAACAUGAACUCACAUGCAUUUUGUUUGGUUAGCGAGUAUGUUUACGAAAACACAAAUGUACACGUUCCUCACAUCGAGAUUAUGAUACACAUUCUUGUGUCAUUUUCACACUUGAACUUCUUGUCUCUAAAAUAAAAAAUACUCUGCACCACUUCACCAAAGGAGUCCAGAUACACAGUUAAUCUCUCCAAAUGAUUGUCAUUAUUUUCACAACCGCAGUAUAAAUGCUAAUGUUCACCUAAACGUUUACAUAUUUGUCAUUUACAUUUCGACUGUGUUUGUUCUCAGUGCUGCUGUUUGGUAUCUGUUCUGUUAAAUAUAUUCAUUUGAAAUGAA